CCAGAUUUGGGGGGGCAAGCCGCUAUUAAAGGCGGGGGGCCGUGGCGCGGGGGCCACGGUCACACCAUGGCUCCCAAGACGGUGCUGAUCACUGGCUGCUCCUCCGGCAUCGGGCUGGCGCUGGCCGUGCGGCUGGCAAGGGACAAGAAGCACCGCUUCCGAGUCAUCGCCACCAUGAGGGACACGGGCAGGAGCGGGGCGCUGGCGGCCGCGGCGGGGCCGGCGCUGGGCCGGACGCUGGAGAUCAAGCAGCUGGAUGUGUGUGACGAGAGCUCCAUCCGCACCUGCCUGGACAGUGUCCCCGGGCGCCACAUCGAUGUCCUGGUCAGCAACGCAGGGGUGGGCAUGGCGGGUCCCCUGGAGUGCCAGAGCCUGGCGGCCAUGCAGAACCUCAUGGACACCAACUUCUUCGGCCUCGUGCGCCUGGUCAAGGAGGUGCUGCCCGACAUGAAGCGGCGCCGUGGGGGCCACAUCGUUGUCAUCAGCAGCAUCAUGGGCCUGCAGGGCAUCGUCUUCAAUGACAUCUACGCAGCCUCCAAGUUCGCGGUGGAGGGUUUCUGCGAGAGCUUGGUGGUGCAGGCGCUGCGCUUCAACGUGGCGAUCAGCCUGGUGGAGCCAGGACCGGUGACGACAGAGUUUGAGGAGAAGUUGUACGAGGAAGCCAAACGCGCCGACUACUCGCGGACCGACCCUGAGACGGCCGACAUCUUCACCAACCUCUACCUGCGCAACUCCAGGGAUGUCUUUGCCAGCCUGGGCCAGACCCCCGAGGACAUCGCAGAGCACACGCUGCGAGUGAUCGAGGCGGCCCGGCCGCCCUUCCGGCACCAGACCAACGCGGCGUACACGCCGAUGGCCGCGCUCAAGCAUGCCGACCCCAGCGGCGCCCUCGUCACCGACGCCUUCUACAAGCUGGUGUUCAAGUACGACGCGGUGCUGCGGCUCAGCCUGCGCGCCAUCCGCCUGCUGCGCUGGAAGGCACAGAAGGUGAAGGAGGGUGCCCGGCUGCUGGGCUUCAAAUAGCCCCCCCGGCCCCCAGCACAACCGCCCGGCCAAGCUUGGGGGGCAGCUUGGAGAGGGGGGGCGAGCAGGGCCGGGACCCGCGUGGGGUUUCGCUUCCUGCUCCCAGCCCAAUAUAGCGCCCGCCGCCGCUGUAUUAAAAUCAGGAGUGGUAUUUUUAACCAGCGCUGGGUGCAAGAAAGC